UUUUACGGAAGCAUAAUGGUUUCGUUGGUUGUCCUGGCUCGGAUGGGGAAGCUUUCGGAGAAGGUGCUUUUGUACAUGGGCGGUGUGUCUGCGUGGACGGCCACCCUCCUCUUCAUGUGGGGGCCUAUUGCACAAAUGUGGACCAACUACGUGAACCCCGCCAACAUCAAGGGGCUUUCGUCUCAGACCGUGUUGCUGGCCAUGAUCGGCAACGGGUUGUUACUGCCUCGGGCACUAUUCGUUAGGGAUUUCAUGUGGUUCACGGGUUCGUCGUGGGGAUGCUCGUUGGCCGGCGAGGGCAUUCUAAUCAGCAUGUACAUUAACGGCUGCGUGAGCAGUGCGCUAUUUUGGGUCGUUUCAGCGGGUUACGUUUCCUGGAUAGGCGGUAUGCUGCACAAGGAUAAACGGGCGUACAAACUUCCCUCGAUCUUCAGCCCGCUCCGUGAGCUUGUGUCCGGGUCAAGGCAAUAUCACGGCUGAAAGGCACCAAUGUUUGAGAAAGUGUUAGAGUUUUCUUCUGCACCAGAGCAUGGUCAUCGAGAUGUAGCUCCAGAGCCCAAUGGACCCUGCAGUGGUCGUGCUCACUAAAACAUCCGCGCAGUCGAAGCUUCUGUGUACCCCUGGAGACGUGCUUUCGAAGAACAGCAUCACAAUAAAUGCCUGAUUAGAAGGCCGAGGUCAUUUGUGGGAAUCCGAUCACUGAUCGCGAGCGGAAAGUAGAAAGCUUCCGAGUAGUGGUGGGCAUACAAAAAGUUCCAGUGUGUGGUGCGAAGAUGAUCGCAAGUCCAGCUGGGACGUUAGACCUAAGUGUGUGAGUAGGCUAGAUUACUUUAGAGUACGGCAGACACAUUUUUGGUUUCGGUAAACGACAGCUCAUUCGCACGAGCGGUCGGGUACAUGUACACAACGUUGGUGAGAGGCGAUAGUCCUGAUACACAAUACUGCCGACAUAUGGCAUAAACAUUGGGCGCUCGUAGCAGCCUGGAGGUGUUGUGGGUGAGUAAACAGAGGUUCGGGAACUGCGGCCGAUCGGAGAGGAUGGCGACAGAAUAUGUCGUGCUUGUAAUUGGUCGCGCGGUGUGGGUGAUGGUUCGGAUGUGUAAUAUAAAUGUGAAGAGUUGAUCUUUAAUUC